GAGCUGAUUCAUCAGGUGUUUAGGUAAAUUGUCAAGGAAUUACGUCAGUCAAUUCACAUUGAAGAUGUGAACUAAAACAAAUAUGUACAUUUUUAUCCCGGAAGUCGCCAUGCCUGGAUUCUGCUUAGUUCAAUUCCUCCAGACUGUGCGUCGCGAAGGCUCAGGACAACUGGAGGAGGCUGUGACGGACGAGGGAGACUAUCCACGAGGAAGACGACGCACGAGCGACCGACGGACGGAUCAGUAUUCAGGCGCUUCAGACGAAGCAAACAGGUGGCUGGCUGCCUACUACAACAUGGGUAACGCUGACUCCAAACUCAACUUCAGGAAAGCUGUGAUACGACUAACAACCAAAACACAGCCUGUGGAGACUACAGACGAUACUUUCUGGGACCAGUUCUGGGCGGAUACUGCCACGACCGUCCAGGAUGUGUUCGCUCUGGUGCCGGCAGCGGAGAUACGAGCUGUCAGGGAGGAAUCUCCCUCCAAUCUAGCAACCCUCUGCUACAAGGCGGUGGAGAAGCUCGUCCAGGCGGCUGAAUCUGGUUGUCCCUCAGAGAAGGAGAGACAGAUAGUCCUGAACUGCACCCGUCUGCUCACACGUAUCCUACCAUACAUCUUUGAGGAUGCAGACUGGAGAGGGUUCUUCUGGUCUAACGUGCCUGGAGCUCGGCAAGAUGAAGGUAAUGAUGAUGGAGCGAGGCCCCUGGCUGAGUCUCUCCUCCUGGCUGUAUCUGACCUGCUCUUCUGUCCAGACUUCACCGUUCAGAGCCACAAGAGAGCCGGCCCGGACACAGAGGAGGACAUGCAGUCGAUAGACAGUUGUGAGUACAUCUGGGAGGCAGGGGUGGGAUUCGCUCAGUCACCCCCUCUCGACUACAUCCACGACCUCAACAGGACGGAGCUGCUGAAGCUGCUUUUGACCUGUUUCUCUGACGCCAUGUACCUGCCCCCCUCUGCUGAGAACAACAUCCUCAACCGCUGGGUUACCUUCUUCAGCUCUACAGAUAACAGACAUGCCCUGCCUCUCUUCACAUCUCUCCUAAACGUGGUGUGCGCCUAUGACCCAGUGGGGUACGGUAUCCCCUACAACUAUUUGAUGUUCUCUGACUACCGAGAGGUGCUGGUGGAGCAUGCUGUCCAGAUCCUCAUAGUGACUCUGGAGCACGAGGCCGGGGCAGCUGCAGCCACAGCUCAACACAACCUGGACCACUUACACUCCCUCUCCGCCUCUACGAUGGAAGACAAGGAGCUUGUGGGACCAGACAACCUGUUUGUUAACUACCUGUCCAGGAUCCAUAGGGAGGAGGACUUCAGCUUCAUCCUGAAGGGCCUGGCCAGACUGAUGACCAACCCUCUGAUCCAAACCUACCUGCCCAACUCUUCCAAGAAGAUCCAGUUCCACCAGGAACUCCUGGUGCUCUUCUGGAAGCUCUGUGACUUCAACAAGAAGUUUCUAUUCUUCGUGUUAAAGAGCAGUGAUGUUCUGGAUGUCCUGGUGCCUAUCCUGUUCUACCUGAAUGAUGCACGAGCUGACCAGUCUUGUGUGGGCCUGAUACACAUUGGUGUCUUUAUUCUGCUGCUGCUGAGUGGAGAGAGGAACUUUGGUGUGCGUCUGAAUAAAACCUACUCGGUGCGGGUCCCCAUGGACAUCCCUGUGUUCACUGGAACACAUGCUGAUCUGCUCAUCAUGAUUUUCCACAAAAUCAUCACAGGUGGACACCAGCACCUGAAGCCUCUCUUUGACUGCCUGCUUACCAUCAUCGUGAAUGUGUCUCCCUACCUGAAGAGUCUGUCCAUGGUAGCAGCCACCAAGCUGCUCCACCUCCUGGAAGCCUUCUCCACCAACUGGUUCCUGUUUUCUGCCUCCCAGAACCAUCAUCUGAUCUUCUUCCUGCUCGAGGUCUUCAACAACCUCAUACAGUAUCAGUUUGAUGGUAACUGUAACCUGGUGUACACCCUCAUCCGCAAGCGCAACAUCUUCCAUCAGCUGGCCAAUCUGACCUCUGACCCGGUCACUAUCCACAAGGCCCUAGAGAUGAAGAAGAUGACAUUGGCUCGUAUCCCCCGUACCAACUCCCAGGAGACCAUCUCCAUGGAUGGGUCCCGACCGGCCGUCCCAGCUGAGCCAGGGACCCUCAAAGCCAGCCUCGUGGCCAUACCAGCUAUUGACAAGCUGACAAAGAAGGCUCAGGUCUCUGAGGAUGGCACCAUGGUCUGUCUCCAGCACAACACACACUCUCCACAGAUGACCGCUGACCAGCAUACACACAGCCUGCAGCCUCAAACGGCUGAUGACCAGCACAAACACUCUCCACAGUCCUCUGACACCAACACCAGUGGUAUAGCAGGAGCCAGCAGCACAGAGUCCAACUCAGGGAGAAACAAUGAGGAGGCUUUUCCACCAGUGUCAGACCUAGCCAGGGGUUGUUUGUCCAGAGUGUCAGCAUCAGCUACAUACUGGAACCCUACUCCAGACUGGGUCCUCUCCUGGAAGAGUAAGCUUCCUCUCCAGACGAUCAUGAGGCUGCUACAAGUCCUGGUUCCUCAGGUGGAGAAGAUCUGCAUAGACAAGGGCCUGACAGAUGAGUCAGAGAUCCUAAAGUUCCUACAGCAUGGUACCCUGGUGGGCCUGCUGCCUGUGCCACACCCCAUCCUCAUUAGGAAGUACCAGGCUAACGCGGGCACUGCCAUGUGGUUCCGCACAUACACGUGGGGUGUCAUUUACCUACGUAACGUGGAUCCUCCAAUCUGGUACGACACCGACGUCAGACUGUUUGAGAUUCAGAGGUUCUAACUGGAGGAGGUGAAGAGGUCUCUACGACUGCGUCUGAAAUAGCACCCUGUCCCCUAUAUAGUGCAUAACUUUUGACAGGAGCCCUAUGGACCCUUGUCAAAAGUAGUGCACUAUAUAAGGGAUAGGGUGCUAUUUGGGAAGCACACUGUGUCUCUCUGGAACAGGGUUGUCUGGCUGGUUCCCCCUCAGAACCACAAACUCAUAACAGUCUCCUACCAACUGCCAUCUUCAAACCUGAACACAAGUCUGGAUGAGGAAGAGGACAGAUGAAGAUUGAACGGACAUACCUGCUCUAGAAAACAAGAAUUUACCGUUUUUUUCCUGCAUUUUGUUUCUUGCCAAACCCGUAAAUCAUCAUGUAAUAAACCACUUUUCCUACAAGCUGUCUGCUACUACAACUGCCAAAAGAUCUGCCAUAUCCUGUGUGUAUUUUCUAUGUCAGUAUAUUCCUUCACUUCUUCAACCUUAAUGUAACUUUUUUCCCCAAACAAAGACCAUGUAUACACUACCGUAUGUAUACAUUAGGUAAUCUGCUAUUUAAGUUUUUGUAUGUUUUAGAUUAUGUAUUGCACUUAUUUUCGGUAUCUCCUUUUUCAGGGAGCUUCAUUUUCCCCCUAUUAUCGUUGUAAAAUGUAUUUUUUAUUUUGGUUUGAAAUAGACUUAGGCUGGCUAGCGUGAGACUCACUAAAGGAUGCAGCUUUAAGAAACCUGUCACGUCUGAAUGAAAAAGGCAGACUAGUGCUGAAUCCCAAAUUGCCCCUCCAAUUCAGUGUUCACGUGCCCCAUUUGCCAUAUGCACGCGUUGUGCUGAGGGUGUGAAAAUAAUGAAUGGCUAAUUAGAUCCCAGAUAGCCACUUUGACCGUGUCUCUGCUUCAGAGUGAUGUGGUAUCCCAUAACUCACUGCGUUAUUUUUGAGUUUGUGUAAUUUCACACAAAAUAAAUGCGGUGUGGCUUGUUAUGAGCCACCUGUAUUUGUUUGUGUCUAAUGUUGAGGCUUUACACAUGUAACAUGAAAUACUUCCCACAUUAAAUGUUUAUGUUACCAAUGUU